UAUGUAGUUUUUAUUCACAACGAGCACAAAAUGAACAAACAAAAGAUUAGCAUACAUUCUUUUCUUUUUGUGGUUUAUUUACAUUUAGUUCACUGUGGAAUAAUUUUAGAUGAAGUGAACAGUGACAUUAACAAAGUGGGCGAAGGCAUAGACUGUGCCUUCCAAGGAAUUGGAACGUUUUUGGGGAUUGAGAAAGAGAAUCCAUGUGAAAAAAGAACUGACCAACACCUAGGACAAAGAGAAAAUCAACAAGGUUCGGAGCAAGGAGGCUAUAAUAAAAACGGUUUACAGCAAAGUACAUUCGAUCAAGUGGGAAAUGCAGAUUUGUCUGGUUCGAAUGGUUAUGGACCAAUGCCUCUCAAACCAACAAAGACCAGUGAGCAUAAUGACAAAAAUAGACUCGAUAUGAGAUAUGCAAGUGGAUCAAGUUCUAUCACAGAAACAACUACUAAAAAGGAUGGAAGACGAGUUAUCUCUGCUCAUUCUAAUUGUGAACCCGGAUACGUUGCAGAUUCUUUAGGACGUUGCAGGGAGCAAUAUUAAUAGAAUCUCCAUCAUGAUUGAUUUAUAAAUAUCAAUUACAACAUAAUUCCAUUGUGCAAUUCAUAAAUCAUAAAAUAGAAAUUGGAAUACACUCCAAGAAUAUUCAACAAAAAUAUAAAAUAUUGCUGUCAGUGAAGCAUUUCUUCUGAAAAACAAAUUCAUUCAGAUAUCACUACCUACUUCUUUCAUCGACUGUUGAAAAUUACAGAUUUCAAUUAAUCAAAAUUGAACAUUUUUCAGAAUAUAUUUUGGAUCAAGAAAGUCCAAAUAUGAAAAUUCAUUGUUGAUUAUAUGAUUCAUUUCCAAAAAUAUAACAUCCUCGAGUAACUAAAUUUUUAUGAAAUAUAGUGAAAAUCAUACACAAUGGUUAAUUUUCACAGAAUACUGUAAAUUCUCAUAAUGAACUUUACCUACAUUGAGUUUGAACGAGAGGAUGUGUUUUCAAAAUUCAAUUUCAUGAUUUGUAGUAGGUUUUUUAUUCAGAGUUUUUGAUAUUUUGACUGAAAAAAUUUAAGGAUCGAUUCUUGACCUAGAUGGAUUAAUACGCUAUAGAUAAAGAUUUUGUACCUACUUCUAUGUAUAGAGCUAUUUUAGUCUUAUAAUGCUUUUAUAUGCUCAAUAAAUUGCAUAAGACUGAUGAA